GCCGCCUCUUGGGCCCUCCUCCUGUCUGUCAGUCACUUCCCCGGGAGUGGGGGGGUGGGGCCGGCGGCGGCUGCUGCGGCGGCGACUCAGGCUCCAGUUCCGGGGCGAGCGGCGGCCGUUGGGGGUCUUGAAGUUCAUUUGGGGGUUGUGGCUCACAUGGCAACAGCAAAUUCUACUCCUCCAGGCUCUUUAGAUUUGCUUCAGCCUGGAUUUUCAAAGGAUAUCCUAGGAACAAAACUAGAAGAUAAAUAUCUCUGCUCUGCAUGCAAGAACAUUUUGAGAAGACCAUUUCAAGCUCAGUGUGGACAUCGAUACUGCUCCUAUUGUCUGACCAGCAUUAUAAGCACUGGGCCUCAAAAUUGCGCUGCCUGCAUUCAAGAGGGAAUAUAUGAAGAAGGCAUCUCUAUUUUAGAAAGUAGUUCGGCUUUUCCAGAUAAUGCUGCUCGAAGAGAGGUAGAAAGCCUACCCGCUGUCUGUGUCAAUGAUGGUUGCACAUGGAAAGGCACUAUAAAAGAAUAUGAGAGCUGCCAUGAAGGACACUGCCCAUUCAUGCUAAUCGAGUGCCCAGCAUGUAAGUGGAUGAUCAAACUGGGUGAGAAGGAGCAUCAUUCUGAGCGGGAAUGCCCAAAGAGAAGCCUCAACUGCAGAUACUGCAAAGUUCUUUUCUACUAUCCUGAUAUUAAGGCCCAUGAUGAGAUCUGUCCCAAAUUUCCCUUGACUUGUGAAGGCUGUGGUAAGAAGAAAAUUCUGCGAGAAAAAUUUCAGGACCAUGUCAAGGCCUGUGGCAAAUGCAAAGGGCCUUGCAAAUUCCAUGUCGUUGGCUGUACUGAAAUGGUGGAAAAUGAGAAACAGCAGGAUCAUGAAAUUCAGAAGGUAGCUGAGCACCUCUGCAUGUUGUUAAACUUUGUCCUUGAGACCAGGCACUUCCAUGGAGAUAUUGGUCCUCUCCUUGGCCAAGGUGACAUGGGGGGCUGGGGAAACAACUCAUUGGCCUUAGGAUCAGAGAUGUCCAAGUCUACAGAGCUGGUGGAGAGAUGUGAAACUUUGGAAAGAAAAACAAUCACUUUUGAGAACAUUGUCUGUGUUUUGAAUCGGGAGGUGGAGAGAGUGUCCAUGACAGCUGAAGCUUGCAGCAGGCAGCAUCGCCUAGACCAGGAGAAAAUUGAAUCUCUCAGUACCAAGGUCCAGCAGCUGGAAAGGAGUAUAGGCUUGAAAGACCUGGCAAUGGCAGACAUGGAACAGAAGAUCCUUGAGAUGGAAGCUUCCACUUAUGAUGGAAUUUUCAUAUGGAAGAUAACAGACUUUGCUAGGAAACGCCAGGAAGCUAUGGCCGGCCGCUCUCCUGCCAUCUUCUCUCCAGCCUUCUACACGAGCAAAUAUGGCUAUAAGAUGUGUUUGAGAAUUUAUCUGAAUGGGGAUGGCACUGGACGUGGGACCCACCUUUCUCUUUUCUUUGUCGUGAUGAAAGGACCAAAUGAUGCACUUCUGCGUUGGCCCUUUAACCAAAAGGUGACAUUAAUGCUGCUAGAUCAGAACAACCGGGAACAUGUGAUUGAUGCCUUCAGGCCUGAUGUGACAUCUUCCUCCUUCCAAAGGCCAGUCAGUGAUAUGAACAUUGCCAGUGGCUGCCCCCUCUUCUGUCCUGUCUCCAAAAUGGAGUCAAAGAAUUCUUAUGUGCGGGAUGACGCAUAUUUCAUCAAAGCCAUCGUUGAUUUGACGGGCUCUCUAAUGCCACCUUUCCAUCAAGUUAUGGGAGCCUAGUGCCAGCCUGGUUUGGAAGUGUCUCAGGCAGGGGGUCUCACCUACACAACCCUUGGUCAGGGGCCCUGCCCCGCCUAGCACACUCCAGGCUCAUAGGGCAGAGAGGUGGGGUCAAGGCAGGCCUGCAGGGAAAGGCCCUGACCUUCAGCUAAGAGUGAUAUUCAGGACCAAGAGGAGAAGGCACUGGCUAGACCUUGGUUAUUAGAGGCACUUGGUUUAAGACUUGUCAACAGAGAUUGGGAGUCAGUGAAUGGGUAACCACUUCUAGGAAACAGGCAAUUCAACCCAGGACUGGUUUGAAAUUUGCUGUGGGUCUGCAAGCCCCUACCUAUAAAGAUACUUGAAACACUAUCUGUGUUUGUUAUAAGGGAGGGUGGGGAUAGCACACUUACUUUAAGGGAGGGGGGGAAUGGGGAAACAUGUUAGUCAAGAAAGAAGGUAUUUCUCUCUGACACUGUGCUUAGAGGGUUCUUCCAAGCAGAGUUGUUAGUUCAGACCCUGCAGCCCACAGUAUGCACAUAAGAGCAGAAAAAGAUCCAGGAGAAUUGACAAGAAAAGUCUGUCAAGGACCCAUUAUGGUUCAAAAGGUGCCUCUUGCUGGCACCUGUGAUUGUAGGAAAUCACUUUGUUUGUAUCACUUUGAUCACCUAAAUCUGAUCAUGCAGGGACACAGAGCACCUUAAGAUAGUGGGAGUGAUUCCCCCCAGGGGAUAGAAUUGCUCAUAGAAGUAACUACUAAUUAGCCAGCCAAAGAAUUUCCAACAUGACCUUUCACUCUAGGAAGGUCAGUUCAUUUCUCUUGAUUCCCUGCUUCUACCCACUUUAUGUGGCAAAGGCUAUUCUAUUGGGUUGCCAUGCAGGGAGCUUUCUAUGAUAGGAUGUGGUUAAUCAUGUCCUUCAAUCCCUACUAAUUUUAAACUGAGUAGUUCAUGUCAUACCACAUGGAGGGGGAGGUGGGAAGAAUAAGUAGGGAAUAUCCACCCCCUGGGCCCACUUCAAUGAUUUGUAUUAUCUGCAUUAUCCAACGAGAGAAAAAAUCACUAUUAAAUCUUUUAAAAAAACAAAACCAUUUUGUGGAUAGUAACAUGUUGACAUGCAUUCAACUAUAUGUUUCCUUGAAUGUUUGAAAAACUAUUCUAUAGUUCUUUCUAGAAACUAUUUACUUGAGAUUUUUCAGUGUCGUCUUCCCCCAUUGCCCACCCCUUACCCUGUCUUUGCAGUUACUGCCUAGAAUAUGGGUCAUUAGUCAUUUGGUUACUUCCUUGGUGACCUUCACAUGGGGAACCUUGAGCAUAAGUCACCUGUUGUCAGGAAGCAGGCCAGAUGGAAGAGUGGUUGAAGGAUGAGCAGUUGUGUGCUUGUUGGUACAGAGGCAAAGUAAUCCAGAUGUGGAAAGGGCAGACUUAAGUUGGGGAAGACAUACAUGUACUUGGAUACUUUCUCUCUCUUCAAAUGCUUUUUCUGAUCUGAAUCAGUACAAGCAUUUGGAAGGUUGGGUCAUCCCUGGCUGCUUCUGAGUAACCAUAGGGUUCAAGUCCUAUGGUUUGAUAGGAAGGUGAGUCCUCUAUUCUUGCCCCUCCCCACCUUGAACAUGGCUUGAAACUUUGUGAUAAGAGAUGGAUAAUAGCAACCAAAGGUUCUAGAGAAACCAUUGUGGUACAAACUAUUCCCAGACCUUUUAGUUACCAUUCUGUGAUCCUGCUUCCAUCCCCAGCUUGGAAAGUUAUA